AUGGUGGGUACGGACUCGAGAGCUGCGAAAACCGGACCCGGAUUUUCCAGGGCCGCCAGCGCACCGGACGCCGCCCGAGCCGCGGCGCUCUGCAGGUACCUUUUCCGUAUCUCCGGACGAGCCGAUUCCACGGACACGGUCCUUUACGAAGAAGAGAACUCUUCCCGGGGCUCUCGGCGACGUCUCCGGGCUCGCUUGCGUCACCGCGGUUUCGCCCGAGAAGCGACGAGACGCCACCGACAUCGCUGCCAGCAGCGCCGCCACCCCGGGGCACUCUCCGAGUCCGGGUUCGGGAAUAUUAAUCCGAUUCCCUUUCGACGGAAGGCCGGCCGUUCGUCGUUCGCGGCGUUUUGUUUGAGGACAACAAAAGAGAGACUUACGGAUCCGGCGCCUUUCGGGAAGACUUUCGCCUGCGUCUUAGGACCGACUGACCCGUGCUCGACCGCCGUUGGCACGGAACCCUUCUCCACUUCGGUCUUCGAAGGUCUCGUUCGAAUAUUUGCUACUACCACCGAGAUCUGCACCCGCGGUCGGCUCCACCCGGGCUCGCGCCCUAGGCUUCCGUGCUCCUACUCGUCGCGGCAUCGGUUAGGCGCGCGCAUCGUUUUCGUCCUACGCAAGCGCUCCUCGCCGCGACGGUCCGGCAUUGGUCCGUCGCUCCAGCGCCAUCCAUUUUCGGGGCCGGUCGAUUCGGCAGGUGAGUUGUUACACACUCCUUAG